GUGCCGCUCAGCCCAACUCAGCUCGCUAGCGUGGCGGUGGGUGUUGGGGGUUUUCCCCCUUCCUCUGGCGUGUGGUGAAGGAGCGCUGCGCUUUGGGGCACGCGCUGCUGACGAAGCACCGAGACGGGUUUGGAGUCGGAUGCUUCUGCGCGCUGAGUGCGCGUGGGCAUCGGCUCCACGACGCCCGGUGAGCGCAACCAGCGCGGCGCACGGAGCCCUUCCCGCCCGUGUCACGGCUGCGCCAGCGGCGCUCGGCACCCGCGCCCCGUGGAGGGUGGUUGGAGCAAGCACUUGAAGGAUGGAGGUGUCCUACACCGAGUGUGUUGUCGUGGAGUAAAACCGUCUUCGAGAGUUCCCUGGGUUCGAUGAAUCUGCGUUCUGUAUUUACUGUAGAACAACAAAGGAUAUUACAGCGUUAUUAUGAAAAUGGAAUGACAAAUCAAAGUAAAAAUUGCUUUCAGCUCAUAUUACAGUGUGCACAAGAAACUAAGCUGGACUUCAGUGUAGUCAGGACGUGGGUUGGCAAUAAAAGAAGGAAGAUGAGCAGCAAGAGUGCUGUAGAAUCUGGAGGCACUCCCCCAGGGACUGCCCCUACUACUCCCUCAGUACCUCCAGAAGCAGCAGUUAGAAAUGUGGUAAAUAUUGCUCGAUCCCAAAGUCAGCAGUCUUCUUGGACCUCUUCUAAUAACGAUGUAAUAGUUACUGGUAUAUACAGUCCUGCUAGUUCAUCCAGUAGGCAAGGAUCCACCAAGCAGACAAAUGCUUCAAUGGCAGAGAUACACAAAACCUCUAUUCCAAGACUCUCGGGAAAAAAUGACACAGACUUUCAGCAGCAGCACAUCCCUAUAGGACGACAAGUACCACACUGUAAAAAUGCUUCCCUAUUAGUAGGGGAAAAGACUAUUAUUUUAUCUAGACAAACAAGCGUACUGAAUUCUGCGAACUCCAUAUAUAGCCACACUAAAAAAAGCUAUGGUGGCUCGUCAGUGCAGACCGCAGAGUUGGUGUUACCUCAGAAACCGAUGAUAUGCCACAGACCUUGUAAAGCUGAACCCGUGGGAUGUCAAAGGUUACAAAAACCGGAACAUGCAGCUCUUGCAUCGCAUGUGCCCCCCGGACAAAGGGCUAAUACUAGGGACCCUUCUUGUAACACGCAAAACCUGGAAAUUCGUGAAGUGUUUUCUCUGGCGGUUACAGAUCAACCUCAAAGAAUUGUGGGAGGAAGCACGGCACAGAAGCACUGCUCGGGGGAAGGCAGCUGUCUGUCCAUUGCGAUGGAAACUGGAGAUGUGGAUGACGAGUAUGCUAGAGAAGAAGAACUGGCAUCCAUGGGAGCACAAAUACAAAGCUAUUCAAGAUACUGUGAAAGUAGCAGUUCUGUUCGAGUAGAGAACCAAAGCGCGGCCUUGCCGGGGCCAGGAAGAAACAUGAGCUGUAGUUCUCAGAUGGUGAAUGCCAGGGACGUGCCUGACAAUGUUCUGUAUCAUAACAGAGACUACCACUUGCCUGCACGGACCUCAUUGCAUACAACAUCCAGUACAUUAUAUAGCAGUGCUAAUCCAUCAAGAAGUACUUUUUCUCCUCAUUUUACAUCUUCAAGUCAACUGAGGCUGUCACAAAACCAAAAUAAUUACCAGAUUUCAGGAAACCUUACUGUGCCUUGGAUUACAGGUUGUUCCAGAAAAAGAGCAUUACAGGACCGCACACAAUUUAGUGACCGAGACUUAGCUACCCUGAAGAAAUACUGGGAUAAUGGCAUGACCAGCCUGGGCUCAGUCUGCAGAGAGAAAAUUGAAGCUGUUGCUGCGGAAUUAAAUGUUGACUGUGAAAUAGUGCGGACGUGGAUUGGGAAUCGAAGACGGAAAUACCGUUUAAUGGGGAUUGAGGUCCCACCCCCUAGAGGAGGUCCUGCUGAUUUCUCUGAUCAAUCUGAAUUUGUUUCUAAAUCAGCACUUAAUCCAGGAGAGGAAACUGCUACUGAAGUGGGGGAUGAUAAUGAUAGGAAUGAUGAAGUAUCAAUCUGCUUAUCUGAAGGAAGCUCACAAGAAGAGACAAAUGAAGGUCUUCAAAAUGAAGAAAUUCAUCACAAAGAAGAUGAUCAGAAUCCAGUAUCUGCUGAUAAUGUGAAAAUAGAAAUUAUAGAUGAUGAAGAAAGUGAUAUGAUAAGUAAUUCUGAAGUGGAUCAAAUGAGUUCUCUUCUGGAUUAUAAGAAUGAAGAAGUCAGAUUCAUUGAAAAUGAGUUGGAGAAUCACAAACAGAAGUAUUUUGAAUUACAGACGUUUACUCGGAGUUUGAUACUUGCUAUUAAAUCAGAUGAUAAAGAACAGCAGCAGGCACUGCUCUCAGACUUACCUCCUGAAUUAGAAGAAAUGGAUUUCAAUCACACGUCCCCAGAGCCUGAUGAUACCUCAUUCAGCUUGUCGUCUUUAUCAGAGAAAAACGCCUCAGACAGUUUGUGAUUUUUUUUUCAAUUAUUUUUAACUGACAAAAAGAAACCCCGUGUAACGUGUAGGUUUCAAGAGAACAGCAUUUUGCUAUCCACUGUUCUUCAGUCCAAAACAGAAAGCCCAAGGUGAAGUAGACCUGCCUGAAGGAUGACUGUAGUACGUAAUGGCUGCAGUUUGCAGUGUCAAGAAGUUUCGAGUGUUGCUUUUGCUAAAUGAAAGAACCGUGUGAGGAAAUGUUUCACUUUUAGCAGUUUGGCCUUGAUUAGGAUAACUUCUGACUUUCAAGAAUAACCCUUGCUCUGUAGCGAAGUCCUUUUGAGCAGGGAUCCAAGAAUGGAAAACAAAUAUCCUAUUAUACAGACAGCUAAUUUUUCAGAGUAGCUUGCUCACCAGUCCCAGUUUUAAUAUUUUUCUCCAUUUUUACUCAGGUAGGCGGACUAAAAAUUGGGAAUCCAAAUAAAAUAAUGAUUUUUUUUUGAGUUGUGCUUGAACCCUUUGAAAAUCUGAAAUUAAACUAAAGUGUUCUUCAU